AUGAAUCAAGUCAAAUUAUAUUCGAAAAAUAACAUAAUGCAAAAAACUGAUGCUACGUAUCUGCUUGAUAACUACCUCAGGUUGGUGAAAUUUAAGAAAUCAGAAAAAGAAAAAUUUUUUGACAUCGGUUCAGGAGAUGGUAGUGUCACAAUGGAGUUGUUAUUACCAAGAAUACCUGAAAAUUUCGCCAAAUUCGUUGGCUGCGAUAUAUCAGAAGACAUGGUGAAAUUUUCGAAAUCAAAAGUCGUUGAUCCAAGAAUAGAUUUCGUUAUUUUAGAUAUUGAAAACAACUCUUUACCUAUAAAAAUGGUUAAUGAGUUUGAUCACGUUUUCUCCUUUUACUGUUUACACUGGAUACAAAAUCAAAAACAAGCUUUCCAAAAUAUCUACAACAUGAUGGCGCCCGGUGGAGAUCUUCUGACAAUUUUUUUGGCGAGCAAUCCUAUCUACGAUAUUUACGAAUCAAUGGCGGCAAAUGAAAAAUGGCUACCCUACAUGAAAAACUUCAAAAGCUAUAUAUCGCCUUAUCACUUCUACGACCAACCUUUGAAGGAACUGGAGAAAAUUUUGAAAGAAGCCGGGUUUUCCAUACAUUUGUGUCGACUGGAAAAUCGCAACUUUACUUUUAAUAGCUUGGAUGUAAUGGAGAGAGCUACGAAAGCGGUAAAUCCUUUCCUGGAAAAUAUUCCUGAAGAUAAAUUGGAAAACUAUCUGAAUGAUUUUGUUGAGGAGGUUAGAAAGUUGAAUUCUGCCAGAAUUAUUAACGGCAAUAAUAAUAACAAUAACGAGGGAAGAGUUUAUUUUACAUAUAAAUUGUUUGUAGUUUUUGCUUCUAAGCCUGACAAAAAUUAG